ACAAACUGUCUUCCUUAUCAACCAAAAUGGCGGAGGAAUAACAAUGAGCGAGUCGGAAACAUGGAAAAGAAGGAUUCCGAUUAUCAUGAUAAUUUCUUUGCGAGUUUGAACCAGCUCAUCUUAAGCUUAGAGCCUGCCAUCAAGGAAGCAGGAUCGGUCUCCGCAGCUGAAGACAUUUUAGCGCACUUAGAGGCAACGGACGAAAAUUUCCACAGAUAUGAUUUUGUGCGUCAACUCAGGAGUCGUAUUGACACAACUCUUACACCACUUAUUGACGAGAAAUUGGAAAAACUGACUGACCGGGAGGGAGACAGGAGUAACUCAGUGCCAGCUAUAACUGAGGAGAUUAUAGCCUCACCUGAGUUUGUUAACCUCCAGCAGUCGAUUUUAGCUGAUACAAAGGAUGCAGUAAAUGCUUUGAUCCAAAGUUUCUCUCAAAAUCCCCACCUUCGUCCAUCCGACUAUGAACUCACAGAAAACAGAGGCAGACUCCAACCUUUUAGAUUAUCACUGGAUUCUAGUGAUGAAGAUUCCUCCAUGUCUUCCUCUUUUGGACAGACUGGGUACAUGUUUAACAUGUCACCCGAGAAAUUUACUGAAAUUGCAGAGAAUUUGGAUCCCGAUAAACCACUACAUGUACGGAUAAAUGCAUUAAACACUCUGUACCAGUUUCCAUUGUCAGAUGAACUGACCAGUAAAAACUCAGAAGGAAUCAGAAAAGGGCUAUUGGCUGCCUUGGCUGAUGAAGACGAACAGUUAGCGGAAAAAAGCCUGAAGUUUCAUGCAAGGAUGUUUAUGGCCUCGUCUGCUCAUGUGACAAAAGAGAUCUACACUUGCCUAGCUGAGCACCUGGAGUCUUAAUUCAGAGAUACUCAUCAUCACCGUCUAAAUAUUGAAAAUGGUGUGGAUGUGUCAACAAGAAACAACCAGAGAUUGCUCAAAAGGUUUAGGCUACUGAAUGAAUUUCAGCAUGAAGUUGCCUCUUUUUGGAUCAGGUAUCCUGAAUGGUUUCUUGAGUCAGUCUUGGGUAGUACUUUUAAUUUAUUCUCUGCCAGUUCUGAUCCAGAGUUUGGUGCUUCUAUGCUGCAGUACAUGACACCUUUGCAUUUUCUAGCCCUAGUUGAUCCUAAGGCUGCUUGGUUUAAAAAAUGGAUGCAUGGUAAUUACAGCAGAACAGUUGCAAUUAAAGAACUGAAAAAGCAUCCAUCUUUGUUGGUAGAUGCCAUAAGCCAUUGUAUUGAUUUCUCCAGAACAUGUAAAACUCUUCAAUCCUUGGAAAUGAUGGAACUUAACGAGCAGCAAAGAGAUGAUGAGGACAAUAAUGGGUUGUUUUAUACUUCACAAGACCUGGAGUAUAUAUACUUUGUUCACUCACUGUGUCUUUUGGGGAGAGUUCUUCUCUACAGUGGAGGCAGAGCAUUAUUUCCUGUCAUACUGCCAGAUACAGAUGAAACAGUGACAAUCUCUAGCUUACUUGUGGCAUUGAUUAGAAUCAUGUGUACAGCUCUACCAAGCUCUAGUGAAAAGACUGUUUUGGAUGUUGAGUUUCAUCCUGGUUACCUGGUUUGUGAUGUGCUGAAGAAGCUUGCUUGUUGUACAAAUGCCAGUAAAGAGUGUCUCUGUAAGGAUGCAAUAACAACUAGUCUUCUGUCGCCUGUACAGGCGUGGCUUGAUGGUGUAGACAGCUGUGACAGUACUGGUGCUGAGAACACUCUGCUGUUUGUGGCCGAUGUUUUAGCCACUUUAGCUGCCUCAGAAACUGGUCAAAGACAACUGCUAUAUGGAGAAGCGCAAGACAGAUGGCAGAGAAGCAGGUUUUCCCCAGCUCACACCAUAGCGAAGUUUGCCAAAAAAGCCUUGCUGGACAGACUUCCUGGUGGGACACCACCCAAGGCGGCGAUUUCUGGCUUUGUGUUUGUCUGUCGUCAACUGUACAGCACAUGUGAUGGACUUAUGGUGCUAAAUCCGUAUGAACUUCAUCAGUGUGUGGCUAAUGCCUGGAUUAAGGUACACGAACCAGAAUCUCCUACAGAGGCAGAACUAGCGUCUGAUGAAACACAACAAGAAUUCAUUCAAGACGAGGAAAUACUUGUGUGGGAAAGUUCAUUGAUCGACAACCUGUUAAAUUUUGCCGGUACACCAAAAGGACUGCUACUUCUUCAACAAACUGGAAAAAUUAAUGAAUGCGUGGCGUACAUGAAUGAGCGAUACAACAAGAAACUGCAGGUUAGUAAGUGUGAGAAGUUUGGUUAUGGACUGAUGGUGACACAGAUAGCUGCCACCGCGCCUGGCAUGGUUGCACUGGAAAAGAAGGGUUUCCUCAAACGAAUGGUGCUUGACAUUUGGACAGUAUUUGAAGGAGCUCAAGACAGAAAACCUGCUCCACCAAGGAUUAAACAUGUGGAUAGCAUUGAUAGCAGAACGUAUAACAAGUCUAUGAACAAUCUGUCGAGCGUGUUAUCAGCGUUUCCUGCUGUAUACGAGGUACUCGCCGAUGCCUACCGUCCAUCCACUUCUGGUUCAGAGAUUGAGGAAGCCGUGACAAACAGAGAAGCUUUUUCUGCUCCUGUCAGUAUUAUGGACUUGGUUGACCGUUUCAUCAUGAUUGACUCGGAGGAGAAGUUCCAUUCACUUUUCAACUUUGAACAGACUCAUCACUUCGGUCUAAGAGUUCUCAGCGUGCUGUGUUCCUGCUUAGACACAUUCCUCUUCCUUGAAUGCCGCUACAGAUUUCAAGAAUUACUGCUUCAAUCUCAGCUGGACAAUAGAUUUGACAACGGCAAAGACUACAUAAUCGACAUGUGUUCUUUGGAGAGGAACCAUAUCUUGGUCAAGACCUAUCAUGUUGGGGGCACAUCUGAAAGGAUCAUUCCAGGCAGGACCUUAACUGAGGAUGUGGAUAAUCCCUACCCUUGGCCUCUGUUCUCAUCUUAUCCUCCACCAAAAGACUAUCUUCCUGGUGAACAGCAUCCUAAGAUUACAGCAUUUGAAGAGGGCGAUACGCUGUUAGAAUUUCUUGAAAGCAGUGAGUUAAUGUCAGCAGACAGUUCAUCUUGGCUCCAGGAUUGUCGUAAGACGUUUUGUCAGUCCAUAACAUCUGGGAAAUCUAAAGCGAAGGGAAAAGUGUUGAAAUUGCUACUUGACAAGGUUUGCACAGCCUUGACCAACGUACCCGAGGAAGCCAUCUUCCCUCUGAUUGACUUUUCAGCCAGUGAAAGCAGUCUGAAGAUUGUUGAACUAACAGACAUAGAGAGCCUUGGAACGAAAGUAGCGGUGCGGUACGGUGUGCAGCUGAAGUUGCUCCAGUCCACCACGGACGGUGUGGAAGAUUUGACUUAUCUUCUGAAAUACUGCAAAUUCUUUUUACAAGGACAGCAGCGUGCAACAGAGAGCACGUUACGCACUCUGAGCGGUGAGUACGUCGGUCACGACUGGUUUGUGUCCACAAUUUUUCUGAUGAUGUAUGGUGAUCCUGACCUGGCCUGGGAGUUCCUCUUCAAAUUCUCUAGUCUCGUUAGUUCUGGUUAUCUUUGGAUUCGCAGACUGCAUGCCUCGGUGCACUUACCGGUGUCACUUACAGUCAGUGGUAUUCCCCCACUCUAUUCAUGCACGUGUCAUAACGUGGAGCUUAUCCUAAUGGCCGAGGUACCUUUGGUGUAUUCUGCUUUUAGAAUGUCUGGUUACACACCGUCGCAGAUUUGCCAACAUUGGUUGCGGCAAUGUUUCUGGAAUUACCUUGACUGGGAGGAGAUCUGUUUAUAUAUUUGUAGCUGUCUUACUAUGGGCAUUGACUAUCAGGUGUAUUAUUGCAUCGCGAUCCUACGCCAUUUGCAACAUGACAUAUUACGAAAGACGCAGCAGCAGCAACUUUUGAUUUUCCUGAAGGAAACUCCUAUAAGUAAUUUCAAAGUUGCUGAGCAACUGACUUUCAUGCAGGAAUUGGAGGCAAGAUAUCGUCCAACCAUCCUGCCCGACCUUCAGAACAUCACUAAACCCUGACGCAGCUUGCAAUAUGCAGCUUGCAAUAUGCAACUUGCAAUAUGCAGCUCUAUGAAAUUUGAAAACGGGAUCUUUGAAUGCUUAUUAGCAGUAGGACCGUUUCCUGAUUUUAUGAAAUUUCCUGCAAAUCGUUGAGCCUAAAAUGAUUGAUUGAGUGUGAGGAAACAUGCGCAGCGCGUGUGAGAAAUCGUUUGCAUGAAGUCGAGUUUCGAAACGUCUCGGCUAUGCCGGGAAGCUUUUCUUCGGGAUACACUCUGCCCCACAAGGGUUUCCUGGUCCGGUUUUAAGUAUUUCAAAUCUGAACUAUUUGCACUUUCUCCGUAUUUAUUCACUCGUACUGAAUGACUUUAGUUUACAUUUGUACCGAGACGGAAUUCUUUGUGGUAGAAAAAGUAACAUAGCCACAAUUGUUGAUUAGAAAUAUUGAGGUAAGGUGUUUGAAGAGAUGUUAAAUCUGUCAAAUUAAAAAGGGAUUCUAAGUACAAGUACACAACCUGCCUGAGACUGCUAAAGCCAGGUGGAGGUGUUUGUGGUGCAUUUCUGUUUUUGCUGUUGUAAACAUCAUUUUUGUACAUACAUUUGUACAGUAGAUCUAAUUAAGGUAAUUUAUUAUUUGAAUAUUUGUAUUUAAAUUUAUAUAGUCUCGUCUAUACAGAUAUUCUGCUGGCUAUUUUAGCAGAGAAACAUUUGAAAAGUUCAAUGAAAAUCUUUUUUUUUUCUUCUAAAAACAGUAUAAAGCAUUAUUGUUAUUGGUACAAAUAUAAUGCUGGAUGUAAGAAAAGUAAAGAAUUUUGAAGACUCAAAUCUGAUCAGGUAUUGUGUGGUAUGGUCAUGGUUGUCCAUUCGAAAAUAAUAGUUUCUCAGGUAAAAUACUUGAAUCGUUAGAAGUCGAUAUCAAUCACCAGACAUUGAUUGGCUACAACUUUGAUUCCUAUUUAUUAUGUUAAACCACAAUAAUGACGUUACUGUUUAUCCAUCAGGGAAGCGAUCAUUUAAGUACCAUCAAGAGCCGCAUUUAGUCAGUGGUUUUUGCUUGGGCAAACGAUAAGUUGUGUUUAUCGAAAGGGCGUUUGCCCACCCUAUCUCGAAGUUAGUUUGGUUAAACUCUUACAAGCGGAACUGUUUUGUAGGUGCCUAUGUCCCUUUUCAAUGUGCUUGUCUAAAUAUCUGACCUCUAGAUAGUCUCCCCCAGUUUUACACUACAUUUUUUAUCGCACUUUUCGCAACGUGACAUGUGGCUUUCGUUGUCCAAGGCGUUAGAGCGCUGCACGACUAACCCACCUGGCUAUUAGUUUGCGUUAGAAUUCGUUUUUUAACCGGUCCUCGUUAAUCCUUUCGAGGACAGUUUUUUGUCGAGUCUUUGUUUUUAGGUUUUAGCAUAACUUGUAUCUUUGUAUUGGAAAGUUCGGAAAGUUAGUUCGUAUGUUAGAGAUAAGCUCAGCUUCUUCCCUUUUACUUUUCAUAUUUUAGUUUAUGAUAAGUACUUUUAUACCUCGAUUACGUUAAAUAAAACGAUUCAAGGCUUUUCUAUAAAA